AUGAACAGUGUUUCCCGCCAAUCGGUACUGAGCCGUCUUGGUCCUGGUGGGCUACUCUAUGCCGCAAAUAAAAUUAUAGCGGUUGCUUCUGGCAAGGAGGACGAACGUUGGCGCGGCAAAGAUGAAGGUGCUCUUUUCAAGCGUUGGAGACGAACACCCUCGUCUGUGGAUUCUGCUCCAACCGUGCCUGUACCUACCACACCGCCAUCACAGCCUUCGGAUUUACUUAAAUUCUUAGCUAUUAAUGCUUUGGAGCUAUCGGCACCAGCUUCCGAUGCACUUUUGAAAUCUAGAUCGUCGGAAUGGUUCCAGUUGUCGGGACAUCCUGGUUCUUUAGCGCCCGCCGGUCCGGGUACUGUCUGGAAAAGACGUGCACCUGGUGAUCAUCCCGCGCACAACCCAGAGCGCGAUGCCUACGAAGCUCUUGCUGCCUGCCCCCACAUGCGCUCCGCUAUUCCACGCUAUUAUCGCGAAUUGGAGUACGGUGGGGAGCACUUCAUCGAGCUACAGGAUCUCCUGCAUGGUUUUCGUGAUCCCCAUGUCAUGGAUAUCAAAAUGGGAACCCGUACCUUCCUUGAAGACGAAGUCUGUAACGCCCGUGCUCGACCUGACUUGUACGAUAAAAUGGUGCGAUUGGACCCAAAUGCCCCAACCGAGAGCGAACACGCUGCUCGAGCCGUCACAAAACUGCGCUACAUGCAAUUCAGAGAGCAGAGAUCGUCGUCCGCUGAGCAAGGAUUUAGGAUAGAAGCCGUAAAGUUGCCUGGACAGCCACCUCUCACAGACCUGCAGAAAGUGAGAGAGCCUCUUCAACUCGCUGCUACGAUAGCGCGUUUUUUGGGAAAUGAUGAGCGCGCCCGCCAUGCAAUAGUGUCACGUCUUCGCGAGAUUAGGGAUCUCUUUGAACGCUCCGAAUUCUUCCGCACACACGAGAUCGUCGGUAGCAGCAUUUUCAUUAUUUACGAUGAUGAACGAGUCGGCGCUUGGCUAAUUGAUUUUGCAAAGACUCGACGUGUGCCUGAAAACAUUGUGGUUAACCAUCGUGCUUUAUGGAAACAAGGGAAUCACGAGGAGGGAUUCCUAUAUGGAUUAGAUAGACUGAUUAAUAUAAUGGAAACUGCAAAUCUGUCGAAAAUUGGCAACGAAGCGACAGAACAACCAGAUGUAACACGUUGA